AUGGCAGAGAAGCUAGGCAUUGCUGGAACCUUGCAGCGCCCUACUACUUCAAUCAUGUUUGGAGAUGCAACUUCUAAGUCUCCUCUUGGAGUGUUCAAGAACUAUCACUUGAAAAUUGGAGAAUGCAUCAUCCAAACUGAUCUCACUGUGAUGGAAAUGGAAGAAGAGAAGGAUUUACCUCUGUUAUUGGGAACCCCUUUCCUUAGUACAGUUGGCGCUUCAAUAGACUUUCACAAGCAAGAAGUGAUCCUUCACAAGGUGAAUAGUUUGGUGUCAUAUCGCUUGCAGCCUAGAGGUUCAGACUUUUGUGCCACAAUUGACAGUACCACUCUCAGUUCUAAGAGUCAUGGAGCUACAAAGGUUGUGAAGGAAAGGGUUGACAAGGAACCAAGAGUUGGGAAGGAUAAGGAUGAGAGAGGACCAAGGAUUGAGAAGCCACGUCUUGAGAGGGCUAGAGUUGAGAAACCACGUUCUGAGAGACCACGAGCUGAUAGACUUGUUCAAGCCCCUUGUGUGCUUGAUGAAGAGAGCCUUCAAGCUUUGUUUGAUGAGCCACUAGGAAGGGCUCUAAAAGAAGGGGAGGAUGCAGCCUCUAAGGCAAGACCAGGUGAUAAAAGAAAGGAUCCACCAGCUCAGGCCCCUUCAGUCAAGCCAUCUCAGCUCACAAUGACUUUGUUCCCCACCAAGUUUGAAAAUGGGAAGAUUGAGUACAAGAUAAGGUACAAGGGGAGAUCAAGGCCAUUCUCUAGAGCCAAGCCUUGGUGA